AUGGCGCCCAAACGACCGGCCCCCGAGCCCAUCAUUCUCAUAUCCGACGAUGAGGACGACCAAACCCCGUCGCGCGGGGACAUUCGCCCGACCACGUUCAAAGCCAAGGUGGCGGCAUUCGCAUACAACCCCGCGGCGGACGAGCGCGAGACGAAACAGAAGCUUAGGCAGAUUUACGACGUUUUCGGCGACAGGUUCCCUUCGGAUAGGGUUCGCGGCGCGCUCAAGGCGUGUAAGAACGAUGUUGAAGCGGCCAUCGUGUACCUGGAAGAUCAGCAACGGGAUCCUCCACCUGAAUCUCCGUCUCUGCCUCCCCCGAAGCCGAAUGGACGACGACUCGUGUCUAAGGGGGCCAUGAAGGGUUCAGCCAGCAACCCUGUCCUGCUCUCUAGAGAUUCAUCCCCCGUUGCGUCACCCAGUCCGCCAAAGCAACCCAAGCGGCGUCUGGUUCAGGGCUUGCGGCGACGAAACGACUCAUUUUCUCAAGAAGUGGCUAGCCAGCCCGAGCCGCCUUCAAGUGACGAUCCACUGGUUAUCGACCUCGUGGAGAACGACAAAGAGGAUGAGUACGAGGCUGAGCUCUCGCCUGAGCCGGAGGACGACGACGACGACCGGGUCCUUAACUGCAUCAAUGAGAGCACAGCCAAAGAAUUGGCGGCGAUGACGGGCAUGAAAGAGAACCUCCUCGAGCCCCUCAUGGAGAAGCGGCCGUUCAUUGACCUGGCGCAGGCCAAGCGCGUGAGCACAAACAAGAAACCUGGAGCGCGAAAGUCGGCCAGGGUCAGCAUCGGCGAGACCGUCGUCGAGGCCGUCGAGAUCUUCCUGAACGCAGUUUCCGCUAUUGACGAAGUUGUUGCCCAAUGCGAGAUCAAAGCACAGGCUGUCAAGAGUGUUAUCGACACCUGGGACCUGGACACUUUCGGUCAUCACAAGCGCAGCGAGCGCGCCACUCCCGACAGGGACUUGCCUCCGACACCCACCAGCGUUGGCAGUUCACGGUACACGCGGCCUCCAAUCCCCCAACAACCCCAUAUAAUGGACGGACACUGCGUGAUGAAGUCGUUUCAGCUGUUUGGCCUGAACUGGAUGUCGGUGCUGUACAACUACGACAUUGGCUGCAUCCUCGCCGACGAGAUGGGACUCGGCAAGACAUGCCAGGUCAUUUCCUUCAUCUCCCACCUUGUCGACGAUUACCAAGUCAACCCUCGUGGAAGGCGGCCGUGGCCCAACUUGAUCGUCGUGCCACCAAGCACGUACAACAACUGGCUGAUUGAGUUUGACAAGUUCGCGCCCGAUUUAUCCGUCGUCGGGUACCGCGGGUCCCAGAGUGAGCGUGCAGAAAUCGCCUGGGACAUCAAGCAUGAGCCUGAAGCAUACCACGUGGUCCUCGCAACGUACUCUCAGAUCAACUCGGAGGACGACAUUGAGGCGAUGCAAUCGAUACGCGUCAACUGCGCCGUGUUUGACGAAGGGCACAAGAUGAAGAACCCAGAAACGAAGAUUUAUCGCGACCUCAAGAGGAUUCCGGCAGCGUGGAAGAUGUUGCUCACAGGCACUCCUGUUCAGAACAACCUCAUGGAGAUGACGGCAUUGCUCAGCUUCAUCAACCCGCAGAUGUUCUCCGGGUGCAUGGAGCACAUUCGCUACAUCUUUAGCCAGAAAGUAACCAUUCGGGACGUGUCUAACGGGGCGUUCCUAUACAGCGAGCGAGUCAAGCGGGCUCGUACCAUCUUGGAGCCCUUCAUCCUGCAACGACGCAAAGAUCAGGUCCUGUCGGAUAUGCCGCGCAAGAUCAACACGGUUGUCCAGUGCGAGAUGACGGAGACACAGGAGCCCGUAUACCGAGAAUACGAAGAGACGUUCAAGCUCGAGCCGUCGCAACGCGUUGGGCGUGCGCAGGGCCGGCAGAACGAUCAGAACAACGUGUGGAUGCAGCUCCGGAAGGCGGCCCUGCACCCGCUGCUGUUCAGGCGCCACUUUACGGACGAGAAGGUCGAGGCGAUGGGCAGAAUUCUGAUGGAUAGGGUCCCGCAGUCAGAACUCCAUCAAACGGAAAUCCGGCACCUGGUCCAGGAGCUCAAGAACUCGUCCGACUUUGAGCUCCAUCUUUGGUGCCGAGACUACCCCAAGCUGCUGAAGCAGUUUGACAUACCGGCGGCCGCAGAGCUCGACAGCGGCAAGGUCAGGAAGCUGCUGGAGCUCAUUGAGCAAUACCAGAAGAACGGAGACCGGGUGCUCGUCUUUAGCAAGUUCUCGCGGCUCAUUGAGCUCCUGCGGGAAGUACUCGCGCUUCAGGGCAUCGACCACCGGAUCCUCAUGGGCAACACCAACGUGGCGGAGCGGCAGACGCUGAUUGACGAAUUCAACGACGAUGCGUCGAUCCCCGUCUUUCUGCUCACGACGGGCGCCGGAGGAACGGGCAUCAACCUGACGGCGGCCAACAAGGUCAUCAUAUUCGACCAGUCGGACAAUCCCCAGGACGACAUCCAGGCGGAGAACCGAGCGCACCGACUGGGCCAGAAGCGGGACGUCGAGGUCGUGCGGCUGAUCUCAUCGGGUACGAUGGAGGAGCUCAUCUACAAGGCGUGCCAGAAGAAGAUUGAGCUCGCCAACAAGGUGACGGGAGCCGUCGAGGAGGACGAGAGCGAGGCGGGCGCCAACCUCGAGCAGGAGGUGCGCAAGAUGAUGGAGGCCCAGGAGAAGAUGACCCCGCCGUAG